AUGUCGAUGCAAGGAGAUGCAGCUCAUGCUCUCGUGGUGUUGCUUAGCGCACUCACGUCAACGAAUAAUCAGGAGCGUUCCGCCGCUGAAAAGUCGCUCAACGAAGACUGGAUUGCGCAACGACCCGGUAUGCUUCUUGCUGGGCUCGCAGAGCAGACCAAUGUAGCCUCUGAAGUAGCGCUACGAGCAUUUAGCGCCGUGCUUUUGAGAAGGAUAGCAGCCAAGGACGCUCCUAGCAGUCCCGAGGGUACGGAUGAUACAGUGUGGGAUGUCAUUGGUGAAACAGCGCAAAAUCAAGUCAAGCAGACACUGCUGGCCUCAUUUGUCAAGGAACAAGAGGCGACCGUUCGGCACAAGCUCGCUGACCUGAUCGCCGAAAUCAGUCAGUACACCGAAAGCUGGCCAGAAAUCCGACCAGUCUUGCUCGAAUGCUCGCGUGCCCCUGUGUCCAUGUUUCGCGAAUCAGCCUUCCGUGUGUUUGGCUCUGCCCCAGAAUUGCUUGGUGCCUCCUAUACUCCUCAACUCGGUGAAACUUUCCUCGGCGGUCUUCAGGACCCGGAUAAGAAAGUCCGGCUUGUUGCUGUUCAGGCUCUCAGCAUAUUCCUGAUUACUACGGUCGACCAGAGUAGAAAGGCUAUGGAACCACUGAUUCCUGCUCUCAUGAACGUCCUUCCACCCUUGCUCGAAGAUCUGGACUCGGAUGGCCUGACCCUUACGCUCAAUGCAUUGACGGAGCUCGUUGAAGCCUACCCAAAGCUUUUCCGCAACAUCUUUGCCAAUCUUGUCAACUUUGGCAUCGCAGUCAUUCGAAACAAGGAGCUGGAGCCUUCUGCGCGUCAAGCAGCCCUCGAGGUUCUAGUAAGCUUUGCGGAGGGAGCGCCUGGCAUGUGUCGCAAGGAUUCCAACUAUGCCAAUGACCUGGUUGUUGAGAUUCUCGCACUCAUGACUGAUCUCGGCGGCGAUGAUGAGACGCAAGAAUGGCUCGAUACAGAAGACUUGGACCUGGACGAGAGUGAUGCCAACCACAUGGCCGCUGAGCAGGCGUUGGACAGACUCGCACGAAAGCUUGGUGGCAAGACCAUUCUGCCGCCGGCGUUUCAGUGGCUGCCUAAAUUGGUGGCAUCUGAUGAUUGGAGGCAGAGGGUCGCUGCCCUCAUGGCACUUUCCGCCAUCGCUGAAGGUUGCGAGAAAAUCAUGCGCGAAGAGUUGGGUCGCGUUUUGGAUAUGGUGCUUCCGAGUCUGCAGGAUGUACACCCGAGAGUGCGUUGGGCUGCAUGCAAUGCUAUCGGCCAGAUGUCGACUGACUUCAUGGGCGACGUUCAAGAAAAAUUCAACGAUCGUGUCCUAGCAGGCCUCAUUCCUGCGCUUCAAGCCCCAGAGUCACGCGUCUCAGCGCAUGCGGCUGCUGCAUUCGUCAACUUUUGUGAGAGCGCGGAUGCCCUCAAGCUAGAGCCAUUCCUGGACCCGAUCCUCGAGCGACUUCUUGGGCUCUUGCAGCGACCUCAGAGAUACGUGCAAGAACAAGCUGUCACUACCAUUGCCACUGUUGCAGAUGCCGCAGAGAAGAAGUUUGCAAAGUACUACGAAACAAUCAUGCCUCUCCUUGUAAACGUUCUGCGUACCGGAACAGGCCAAGAAUACCGUCUACUCCGAGGGAAAGCUAUGGAGUGUGCAACCUUGAUUGCCCUCGCAGUAGGCAAAGAAACAUUUGCGCCACUGUCGCAAGAGCUCAUUCAAGCGCUCGGCGUCAUUCAGACCGAGGUCGUCUCCGCCGAUGACCCUCAAUCACAUUACUUGAUUUCUGCCUGGGGACGGUUGUGCAAAGUUAUGGGAGACGACUUCAAGCCUUACCUUCAAGCUGUCAUGCCACCGCUACUCAAGUCUGCCAAAUUGAAGCCAGACUUCAGAGUCAUCAAUGACGAGGACGAGAAAGAGGACUUUGCAGAGGAAGAAGGCUGGGAAUUCUUCCCCGUCAGAGGCCAGCACGUCGGCAUCAAGACCAGUACCUUGGAAGAAAAGAGCUCUGCUGUUGAGAUGCUCGUCCUUUACGCUGCCGAAUUGAAGGCCGCCUUCGAGCCAUACGCACAAGAAGUUCUCACCGAAAUCGCAUUGCCAGGCCUAUCGUUUUACUACCACGAUGGCGUACGGACCGCGGCCGCAAGACUCAUGCCGCAAUUGUUCAAUUGUGUCAAGGUUGCAAAUGUUGGCAAUCAGGCUGUUCUUGCAUCUGCUUGGAGGCCUGUGCUGAGCAAACUGCUUGACCUGAUCAAAUCAGAGCCCAGCGUCGACUUGGUGCGCGACUUUUAUCAGGGUCUUUAUGAGACCAUUGAAGUGCUUGGCCCUGGAUCCUUGACCGAGCAAGACAUGUCGGCCUUGAUUACGAGCACCGAAUCACAGCUUGGCGACUACCAACGGCGCAUGGAGACUCGUGCGGCCGAUCACAAGGCCGGAGAUCUUGACCUCGAGCAGGAUGAAGAAGUCUUAUACGAGAUUGAGCUUGAUGAGGAAUUGCUCGGCGAGAUCAGCAAGACUCUUCACGUUAUCUUCAAGCAGUACAAGACCAGCUUUAUCCCUCAGUGGCAGCGGUUAUUACCCUUUGUUACGCGUCAAGCUGCCUCUCCUGACGCUUCCCUGCGGCAAUGGGUCGUCUGUGUAUGGGAUGAUCUGAUUGAGUUCUGUGGACCAGAUUCAUGGGCAUUCAAGGACAUGUUUUUGCAACCUUUGGCCAAUGGCUUGAGCGAUAGUGAAGCUGAAGUGCGUCAAGCUGCUGCAUAUGGUAUCGGAUGUGCUGCGCAGCACGGAGGGGAAGUCUUCUCGGAUCUCGUUGCACAAUCGCUAGGAACCCUCUUUGCUCUGAUUGAGGCACCGGAGGCGCGUUCCGACGACAACAUCUAUGCCACUGAGAAUGCUUGCUGUUCCAUUGCUAAGAUCUUGCGGUUCAACUCAAGUAAGGUCGUACAGCCCGAUCAGAUCAUCGAGCGCUGGCUUUCCACGCUGCCAGUCACGCACGACGAGGAGGAUGCGCCAUAUGCGUAUCGCUUCUUGGCAGAGCUGAUGGACAAGAAACAUCCUGCGAUUGCCGGUUCACUGGUCGCAGUUGUCGACAGUGUUGCGCAAGUGCUUGGGGCAGCCAUCCUCACAGACGCCACGAAGGCUGUCGUCGUCAGAUCUACACGGCAAUUGCUUGCUGCCCUGCCCGAAGGCCAAGCUGAACAACUGCUCGGGCAAUUGGGGGACAGGCGACAAUUACUGAUGCAGGCCCUGCAAUGA